AUGCAAACAGCAAAUUUCAGCUCCAAUGGCGACCGGUUUUCUGCUUUCACACUUCUUCCUCACUCCGCCAUCAGAGAGGUGACCCUUCAUCUUCCAGAGAUGAAACAGCGGCUUCGUUUUGGUUGCGCUAUGAGUCCAGCAAAUUGUUUUUGGACAAUAUUCAAGCAACGGAAGGUCAAACAUUUUACGAGCAACGGAGAACAGGUACACGUAAAGACAGGAAAAUCCAAUGGUUUCCCUAAUGAAAAGAGUGAAGAUCUAGCUGCAACUCGAAUUCAAAAUGCAUUUCGCACAUUUACGGCCAGAAAGGAUGUAAAUAAUUCGAAAGUGCCAGAGAGAUGCCAGGAUCUAAUUCAAGGUGAAACGGCUACAAAACAAGUGUUAAGCUUCAUUCAUUCAUGGAACAGAAUGCAGCAAGAAAUUAGAGCACGUAGACUCUGUAUGGUCACAGAAUAUCGAGUCAAGCAAAAGAAACUGGAAAAUCAGCUGAAGCUUGAGGCUAAAAUUCAUGAACUUGAGGCAGAAUGGUGCGGUGGGUCAGAAACAAAGGAGGAAAUACUUUUCAAGAUUCAGCAACGAGAAGAAGCUGCUGUAAGACGGGAGCGGGCUAUGGCUUAUGCAUUCUCUCAUCAGUGGAGGGCCAAUUCCAUCUUAGAUUUGAGCCCGGCUUCAUACAGCCUUGACAAAGAAAACUGGGGAUGGAGCUGGAAGGAGAGAUGGAUUGCUGCUAGACCGUGGGAGAUCCGAGCUAAUACUCAUCCCACCAUUCCAAAGAAGGUGCAGACGAAGCAAACAAGCAAACUCAAUAAAGUGACAUAUCAACCGGGGUCGAAGGUCUCAAACUUAGCCAGACAUUCUUUGUCGAACAGUGAGGGGCGUUCAAAGGCCAGAAAUUCUGCUAUACCCAACUGCUGAAACAAGCUACAAGAAGCUGAAGGUCAUUUUGUAUUUAAUCACACAACCCACAAACCACAGCUGACUAAUUCAAUGAUAUGAAUUUGGUAGUUCUCACUAUAAUUUCACGCGGCUUGCUUUGUAGUAUGAAUCUCUACUAUUAUGCCUAAUAAGAGUUUCAUAUCUUCCAUGAAAAAACAUGCUUUGUAUUCCAUCAUUUUCUUCCUCCUAGACAUUUCCUUGAUUAGUCUGCUAUUCUCAAGAAAGAAGAAUACAAGGUGUCUGAACCUAAGAGGUCUCAUUUACACUUCCCCUGCUCUGGGUUUAUUGCUCUGCAUAUACUGAAUUAAAGAAGCACCAACUAAAGCUGAGCAUUGUCACUAUCUCCACAUGAGACAAUUUUUUUAUCUAAGAGUCUGCAUAUAGAGGAGAGAGAGAGAGAGAGAGAGAGAGAGGAACAUUCCAGCUAGAUUCUGAAAUUUAACAGGGUUGGGGACCAUAGGCAGAUGGUGAAGGAAAAUAAUUUGGUGGUAUCCAUCUGUAUAUUCUUCUAUAAUUGGGGUUUUUUUGUGUUCAUACCCUUCUUUCUUAGUUGUCCGGUAGAUUUACUCCACUCUACCCCACUUGGUCUAACAGCCACGCUAUCUAUCACGUUCAUAUUGAAUAUGGUGCAAUAUUUCAAAUUCCUCUACCACAGGAUCUUAUUGAGUUCUAAUCAGUUUCCUUUUCUCUAUCAAAACCUAAAAAACAUUGUUUCAGAAGGAAAUACUAUCCCUUAUACCAAUACUGAGAAACAGGAAUCCAAUUCUAGUAACUUGAGCAAAGCCGGAUCCCUAAGAUUGGUAUAAGCUCCAACUUGAGGUUCAGAUAAGAACGGAAUCUUAGUUUCAAUGGGCUUAUCAGAAUCAGCUUUCUUGUGCUUUCCUGGUCACACUAGAAUUCAGAUUCUAAGAUUAUCAUUCAAGGAAGCUUAAAGGAAUGUUUGCCAAAAAUAAUUUGCCAAUUUUGUGAUCAAAAUUUCUGAAUUUGACGCUCAGUAUUAGGAGGCAAAACAUUGGACUUGCUGAAUUUUUUAGUUCUACAACUGUCUAGCAAUUAUCUACUGUUCUAGGAAAGUGACUUGUCAUUUGCCAAUUUGCCCCAAAAUCCAAUCAAUGAAAAAGAAGUGAAAGAUUUAUUCUCAUAAUUCCUUCUGCAGGUUUUAAGGAAGUUGCUGAGGCAAAACAAGUUUCUCUUAGAUUCACUAAAGCAAACAUCAUAGUUGCAGGAAAUAGCAAUUAGCUUAUGCAAUCUAGACAACAGCUUAGCUCCUUUAACCAGGUAAAAGGAUACCAACUAUUUUCCUAUUGUUUUUGGAACAAGAAAGCAUCCACCAUCUUUAACCAAAGCUGAUAAGCAUAAUAAGGUCAAGAUAUGCCUAAACCUUUAAAAUCUAGUCUUUUCCCAUAGAACUUUGCUGUUAAUGUUAUGCAUAGAAUUCAGGGGACGGACCAUACCAGAAACAGGCUCAGUUUCCUGCAUAAGGGGAAAGUAGAACAUGCCAAAGAAACUAAAAUUGAAAUAUCGAUUUAAAAAAAGUAAUCAGAAUAAUCAUAGUCUUGCUACAGAAACAAAUAAGAAAGACAAUUCCAUCGAAGAGAUUCAUCAAAGAUUAGACCUGAGAGGUUUUUUUUUAACAUAAACAACUGACAGAAGCUUAAAUAAACCAUGGACCAUAAGACCUGAAAAGGUACUCAGAUUCACUACUUCCAUGGUAAAGGCCAUUGAAACAAAACGACCCAAAAUUCUGCCUCUUGAAAUCCAUGCGGUGGCUUGACGCUGGUGCUGCUAACCUUGGCUUUUCUAAUUGAAGAUGCACACCUGCAAUAACAAAACGGUCUAAA